AACGAAGCGAACCAUGCGGAGGCGUCUUCCUGCCAUCGUACUGUCCAUUCCAGCACGCAGACCACCAUCCCGAUGUGCGCUAGUCCACCGCCGCAGCGCAUCGUCAGCAUCAUCGUCGCUGCUGGCAUCGUCCCGUGUGCGUCACAAUGUGUGGCAGCCACCGAGCAAGGAGCUGCGUAAGCCCGACCCAGAGCCGCCCGAGCACCCACCACUCAAAGAAGAUGUCAUGGUGCGCUUCGCGAGAGAGAGAUCUAUGCGUCCACACAUAGAUCUGCACCAUUGUUCAUCAGCUGGCAUCUGUGUGUGUCCGUGUCAGUUCACAUGGAAGGGCGCUUUGUUUCUGUCGGCCGUGACGGCGUGAGUGAGAGAUGCAGGCAGGCUCGUAAUGGUUGCGAUAUCUUCUGUGUGUGCGUGCGUGUGUGUGUGUGUGUGUGUGCAGUGGUGGUGUGGCGAUCUUCCUGUUUGAGAGGCAGCGGGUCAUGACGCGCAGACGAGGUGAGAAGACGCUCACACUCACCCGACGGACCAUCUCACCUGUUGUCUGCGUUGUGUGGUUGUGUCUGGUCAGUCCAAGUGGAGGAGUCGAAAAUCGGCAAGCCGAAACUGGGUCGGUGAGCAGCACUCACUGCAGUGCACCGCGCCAAGCCGACUGCUUCUCAUGUUUAAGUGUCCGUGCAGGUGGUCCGUGGACUUUGUACGACCGUGAGGGCCGCAUCGUGUCGGACAGCGACCUCCGGGGCAAAUACCAGCUCAUCUACUUCGGUCAGCCAGCCCCGGCUGGCGUGGCAGCCAAUGCAAACCAACAACACAUCAUGCGCCAAACAAUGAAUGGGCUCUCUCUUUCUCCAAUUCUGUGUGUCUGUGUGUAUAGGUUUCACCUUUUGCCCCGACAUCUGCCCGCAGGAACUGGAGAAACAGGCGGCCGUCAUCGAGAAGCUCGGUGGGCAUGUAGUGUGUAAAUGAGUGUAUGAGGCACAUGUAGCACAUCUCCAUCGUUGUGUUGUGUUGUGUGUGCAGAUGCCAAGUUUGGCGAGGUCGUGCAGCCGGUCUAUGUCUCUGGUACGUUCACGUGGAGCGAACGGCAACGCGCAUACACACACUAUACAUGUAUCGUCAUCCAUUCCGUCGAUCAGUCGACCCUGGCCGCGACACAUGCGCGCAAGUGGACGCUUACUGCAGGGGUAGGGUACCUACCACAACACAUCACCCAACCACACACACAAGUGUGCGCGUGUGUGUGUGCGUAGAGUUCCACCCGCGCCUGAUUGGUCUGACGGGGACGCCCGCACAGAUCAAGAACAUAUCGAAGGCUUUCCGGGUCUACUACAAUGAAGUCAGCUGAGCAAUACACACCACGCGGACCAAGCCGAGCGGACACACAUCAGUAUGAUGGAUGUGUCUGUCUGCACGUUAUCUAUCAGGGCAUCCGCACUGACGAGGAGGACUACCUUGUGGACCACUCUAUCAUUCAGUACCUGAUGGGCAAGGGAGGGAAGUUCAAAGAGUUCUUCGGAAAGAACCUUACAGUGCAGGAGAUGGUCGGCAGCACACCCACACAAACACGCACACACGCAUCCACACCACCAACUCGUGUAUGUGUGUGUGUGUGUGUGUGUGUGGUCAGGCCGAUAAGAUCUCCGACAUCAUCAAGAGCGACCAGGAUCGGGAAAGGCGGAAACGAAGUCAGUCAGCCCGCCAGCCAGCCAGCCAGCACACACACACCCCUCCUGCACACAAGGUCUGUUCUUUCAUGUCGUGUGUGGCGUGCGUCCGUGUGUCUGUGUGUGUUCAUUCAUUCAUUCAGAGGGCCGCACACAGGAGAUCGACGACGACGACGAUUGACCGAGGAGUGGGUGGCUGUGAGCGGCCAUCCAUCCAUCCACUCAUCCUUCCACAUGUAUGGGGUUUUUGGUGUGUGUAUGGGAUGGGGGGACACUACACUCGCUGGCCACCCGCAUGUGUCUGCCGAAGGCGGUGAAUGAGGAUGGCCUGCCGGUGCAAAGGUGUGAUUGAUGUGAAAAGGGGAUGGGGAGGGGGGAGGGAGACCAGAAAGGGAUGUUCUUUGCAUGGGAGGGUGUGGUGUGAUGUCUGCCAAUAUUGCUGCAUGGUGGUGUCUCGUACUCGCGUUCAACCUUGCCCACUUGCCUGUCAUCAGCAGACGAGUGGGCAGGGUGGCAUGCGACUACACAUACACCGCUGGUACCACAGCGGACACAUGUACAUGGGAAUGGAUUGGAUUAGCAGCUGCACGUGUGCAAGAUGACUCAGAAGAUGUCCAUCACUGUGUUUGACUUGACCGCAUGGGAUGCAGCCAGCAGGUCU